CCUGUUCGCGAUAGGCGACGGUUCGUACUCAUAUAAUCACUAAUGACCGAUAUGGAAGUAGAUGUGCAAAACGCUUGAUAAAGAUUUUCUUAUCCGUUGUCACGACCGAGUAUUUCAGUAUCGGUCUCUCUUGGCCGAUAGACAGCGAAUAAUUGGUUUUCGCUCGCGAGAAAAUACCGUCGACCAACAGCAGCGCGCUUCAUAAGAAAAUAAAAAAAACUUGUAGCGCUUCCUGCAUGGACAAUUUCCUAGACGAUAGUAGAAAACUGCUGCAACAAAAUCAAGAAAAUAGUAAUUAGACUAAAGUGCAUCUUAAUAAACGACCAGGCACACACACAUUGUGUGAUAUCUAAAAAUAUAUUUAGUAAUAGUGAGAAUGAUCUACGAUUAGAGGUGCAUACAAAAUAAAGUGCAUAUUUUUUAUCAGACAAGUGUAAAGUUGAAACAAGUGGAAAAAGUCCUUUCCUGUUGCUGAAAUAGUGCUCGUCACUUUCAACGUCGUCAACACAACGAUAUGGUAAGACGUUAUAUGUAUAAGAUAUAUAAAUUUCCAGCUUAAAAAAUUAUUCAAUUUUUUGGACGAACAUUUAAUUUCGCAUUAUCUUAUCUCUGAAACGUUAUCAUAUUUUUUCAACAAUAUCAUAUUACAGGUAAUAUCCAAGCCUUUUUAUUUGAGAAACUUAUUUUUGUUUAUGAUUUAUUAAUAAAAUCCGCAAGAGCAGAUAAAAUCUAUUAUAUGUUGUACGGACUUUCGUUUUAAGAUAUGAUAAAUAGAUAAUAAUAAUUCCGGUAUGAUCAAAAGUUUAUUCUUUGAAUGAAUAAGAAUGCAAAUACUAGAGAUACCGAACAAGUUUAUAUCACUCAAUGUGAUAAAGACGAAUUAUCAAUACAUGUAUCACAACCGCUCCUUCAGUCUACGAAUCGGUAUUUUCGGAAAGUGCAUAGAACGCCAAAAGAUUUUCCGCUGAAUCUAAUUUCUUGAUAUGAUGCAAGAAAUGUUACUUUAAAAUAAAAACAAUAAAAUUGUUGUUAGCUGACUAUAGAAGAAGCUAUUAAAGCCACGUUUAACGAUCGUGGCCUUUGUCCAAGGUGUAAAUUUUUUUUCUACCAAGGACGGUAAUAUUAGCGCCUCCCAUCUUAAUCAACGUUUAGUCCCAUGCCGAGCGUUCUUGCAACUCGUGCUUACGAAAUCUUUUGCGACAGGAACGUAGAAUGUGAUGUGGAAUUGUUUGAGUAAAGAAACUCCAUCGUACGCAACACAAGAAAGUGCCAGAUAUUUGUGUUUGUCGGGUGCUACAUCUUCAGUGUUUAGCGAUCACAGAAUCGUGAAUAUUAAUCCUACAAAUGAUCCAUUAGAAACGCAUUUUACCAACAAUCGCAUCAAAUCGCAUAAGUACACAAUAUGGAACUUCAUUCCAAAGAAUUUCUUCGAGCAGUUCCGGCGAAUAGCGAAUUUUUAUUUCCUGCUAACGACAAUAAUCGCGCUUUCGAUAGACACACCUAUUUUGCCUUUAACCAGCGCCCUACCUUUAUCAUUUGUUGUUGUGGUGACCGCAUGUAAACAAGGAUACGAAGAUUACUUACGCUACAAGACGGAUCAACGAGAUAAUCGGAGAUCAGUUAAUGUCAUCCGCAACAAAUGUACACAGAAUAUAUAUUGCGAGCAAAUAGUGGUAGGUGAUCUCAUAAAGAUAUCUCGGGAUGAGGACGUGCCAUGUGAUAUCGUACUUCUUUAUAGCGAGACUCCCGGAUGUUGUUAUGUCACGACAUCUAAUCUCGACGGAGAAACAAAUCUAAAGACGUUGAAUGUUCCGAAAGUGGUCUCAAAAAUACCGCUUUCGCAUAUAGUGGCUAUGAAAGCAACAAUUACAUGUCAACAUCCUUUGGCAAAUCUUUAUACUUUCCACGGCAAGCUUGAGAUUAACAGUGGCAGCGAAAUAACGAACGGGCAUUUGACGAUAGAUAAUCUCUUGUUGCGUGGUUCGAGGCUUAAAGACACCGAAUAUGUGGUUGGUUGUGCGGUUUAUACCGGACAGGAUACAAAAUUGUCACUCAAUUCAAAGAUAGUCAGUAAUAAAUUCUCAACCGCCGAGAAAUCAAUCAAUAAAUAUCUUAUUGUAUAUGUCGUGAUACUGUUGAUUGAAGUAUUAGUAUCUACUAUGCUGAAGAUAUACGUUGAAUCCUAUGAAAAAUGGGAUAGUUAUCUCGGUCCAUCACCUGAAAUCAAUUUUUCUACGCUGAUUGCGGAUAUUCUGAGCUUUCUUAUCUUAUUUAAUUACAUCGUACCGAUAUCAUUAUAUGUCACUGUCGAAUUACAAAAGUUCUUUGGCUCCUUAUUUUUCGCCUGGGAUUUGGACAUGUACGAUGCGGCCAACGAUCAGCCAGCACUCGCCAACACGUCAGACUUGAACGAAGAGCUUGGCCAGGUUGAAUAUUUAUUUACUGACAAGACCGGCACGCUCACUGAAAAUUUGAUGAUAUUCAGACGCUGCUCGAUUGACGGCAACAUAUACAUGGAAAAAGAUUGCGACGGGAAUCUUUAUCUAUUGCCAUCAAGCGGGAACGAAAAUGAAGCUGUCAAACUAACGUCAUGGGAGGAAAACAUCUGGCACUUUAUGAUAAGUAUAUCGCUAUGUCACAUGGUCCAAAUCGCGCCGCCGAGCCUACGUCCCGAUAUCGUAGCCAAACGCACUUCAUUCCGCGAAAGCUUCAGAUUAAAAAAAAUCACGAGGGUCAACAGUUCGUUGAUGAUGCAUCCGGAUUUGCCGCAAUAUCAGGCAGCAUCGGCAGAUGAGAAGGCAUUAGUAGAGGCAAGUGCCAGAUGCGGUGUUAUUUUUCAGAAGGAUACUAACGAGGAAAUGUAUAUCCAAAUCAACAAAAACGUGAUGGUUUUUCAAAAACUGGAGAUACUAGAAUUCACUUCUGAACGAAAGAGAAUGUCGAUAAUAGUGAAAGAUUCGGCAAAUGAUAUUUGGCUGUAUUGUAAGGGUGCGGAUUCGUCUGUUCUCCCAUUGAUCGUGCAAGGGAAGGUUCAAGAAGCUUCCCUUCAUGUUGACGAUUUCUCCAUGAGAGGUUUGCGAACAUUGGUUAUAGCGUAUAAAAAGAUGGAUCAAUCUGAAUACAAUAGGCUGUCGGAAAACAUCGAGCAAGCGAGACAAAUGAUCGGAACAGAGAGAGAAACGCACAUGACACGUGCGUAUAAUCUUAUGGAGAGCGAACUUACCUUGCUCGGAGUAACUGCAGUGGAAGAUCGUCUACAAGACGAUGUGCAAGAAACCUUGGAAUGCUUACGAGUCGCUGGAAUCAAAAUAUGGGUACUCACCGGAGAUAAAGCAGAAACUGCGGAGAAUAUCGCUUUUCUCUGUGGCCACUUUAAAAAGGGUACCGAAGUUUUAAGACUGAUGGAAAAGACUUCAGGACAAUCCUGUUUCCUGAUGCUUACUACUUUCGACCGCAAAGUGAAAUUAGAACCGCACAAGCAAUACGGUUUUAUAAUAGAUGGUACGAGCUUGGCGGCGACCUUACGAAAUUGUCCUGGAUUAUUGAAAUCCGUCGGAAUGGCCUGUGAAGCGGUUGUCUGUUGCAGAUUGACACCGUUGCAAAAGAGCGAAAUUGUGCAUCUGAUAAAAACUGCACAGAGUCGGCCGCUCACCGCGGCCAUCGGCGACGGCGGUAACGAUGUCUCGAUGAUACAGGAAGCUCAUGUGGGAAUCGGAAUAUUGGGAAAGGAAGGUCGCCAGGCGUCGAUAUCCGCCGACUUUGCCUUCACAAAGUUUAUGUAUUUGAAAAAAGCGUUGUUAGUCCACGGCCAUUGGUAUUAUCUGCGCAUCAGCAUCUUGAUGCAGUAUUUCUUUUACAAAAAUGUAGUAUUUAUAACGCCGCAGGUGCUAUUCGGCAUUCACAAUGGUUUCUCCACGCAGGAACUAUAUGACGGUGUAUUUCUAAUGUGUUUUAACUUGAUAUUCACGUCAUUACCAAUAUUACUGUACGGAUUAUUGGAACAGGAUCACAGUGCGAAAAAGCUUAUGCGACAUCCGUAUUUGUAUAAACUUAAUAAAAAAAAUUACUUAAUGUCGAGAAAACAGUUCAUGGUAUGGCUACUUUUAGGAUUAUGGCAUACAGGAAUAACAUAUUUUAUAAUAUAUUGUAUCUCAUACAUCAAUCCGACGUAUUUAUACGAUAAUACGCCGGUUGGACACUGGACUUAUAGUACAUGCAUUUUUCAUAUAGUCACUUUGCUAGCAAACUUACAGAUUUUGUUGCGUAGCUCAUAUUGGACAUUUCCAUUAGUUCUAAGCAUAAUACUUUCCGAAUUAGUAUUCUUCCUAAGCGCAUUUUGCUAUUCAAUUAUAAAUGUGAAAUACGAUGGCGAUAUCUUUGGAGUCUUUCAAAAAUUAUUAAUGUCACCGUCAUUCUGGUUAAUUACCAUAAUCGUAGUCGUUGUAUGCUUAACACCUGAUUAUUUAUUACUCACAUAUGACAGUUACAGACCAAUGAAAAUUCUACGAAGAAACGAGGAACCCCCACAACCUCUCAGUUGUAGCGACGACUACAGCGAACGCAGUUCUUCGCAAACGGGACACCGCAUGUUUCCAUGGAGAGGUAGUCUCUCGUUUCAAAAAACGGAAUAAUAUGCUGGAAAAACUGUUGCUUCGAUCGGUUCAAUAUUAUUUAUGCAAACAAAAAGAAGUCCAAUGAUUAUUUUAGCACCUUAUUUCCUUUCAUAUCAGCGAUAUAAUUUAAGUUGCUAAUACGAUUGAUUACAUCAUCAAAUGAACUUAGUCGUUAUAUAUAUAUAUGUAUACAUUGACGAAAUCAGACAAAACUUCGACAUAAAUUACAAGAUUAAUUGUAUUGCUAUCAAUGGAUAUCGCUAUCAUUUUUUUCAUUUCUAUAAUUUUUAAACAAGCCUGAAAAUUUAUAUAUAUAGACAUUUUCUAUAUUUAUUAAUAAUAUAAAAAUAAGACUAAUAUAUAAUAUAUUAAUAACAAAGUAGGAAAAAACACUUUUUUCCAAGUAUUAAAUUAAACAUUAUCCUCGCAAAUUAUUACGACCACCGCAAAAUACUAGUCGUUAUAAUUAACUUUUGUAUACAAAGAUAGAUAACGAUAUAUAUAUGUAUUAUAAAGGCACAUGUACAAUAUAUAUAUAUAAGACAUAGAUAAAUAAUGAUUACAAGAAAAUAGAUAAAUAAUCAUUAUUUGUAGAAAAUUCACAAACAAGUAUAUUUAAAAUGUAUAACAGUUUGACUAAAUCAGCGAAUUCUUAACAAACUCUUUGUCAAAAACAAGUAUCUAUAAUUAAAUUAUUUUAUAAGUAAUCAAGCUUGUGUACGGCAUCUUUAUCAUAAUAUAAUGUUAUGUGUUAAAUAUCAAUAUAUUAUUCUUGUAAUGAUUACGAUAUAAGAAAUGUAUGCGAUAAGCAAACAACGAAACUGUGAUUUCUUCGAAUCCCGAUAAACUGCAUAUUUUGUCGCGUGAUAUAUAUAUGUUUCUGAAUAUAUAAUUUCAUGUAUAUAUGAAUUGUAUAUACGAUUUAUAAGAAAUACGUGUGCCUUAUGAUCAAUGUAUGUAUGUACAUAUGCACAAUUGCGUAAUAUUUAAUGCACUUAAGAAAUAAUAUGCGAAUUUUUUACUUACUAUGUCUGGAUUUAUUUAAAAAGUAUUAAUGAUGUAAAUAAAUAUAUAUUAAAUAAAUGUAUUGCAGUUCUUACUUUCAGUGAACCUCUUAAUAAUUUUCUUUGACUAAAUAAUUAAUUAGUAAUGUAUAUUACGUUUGUUAUUAUUCUUUCUCUCACAAAUAAACAAUAAUUGAUAGGUUUAUUAGCAUUUGUCACAAUAAUUAUACAAAAAAAUAAAACAUUUCGAUAACCAAUUUCUUUAUUUAUGUAGUUUCGUUUCAAAUAUAAUCGUU